AAAUUGUCAGUGGCGAGUCGAUGCAGAAUCCGCUACUCACUGGAGCGAGAGGCGCGCGAAAUACCUGUCAAGGAAUUAUGAGCGUGGAUCGUCUAUUUGAUGAGCUUGGACACUUCAAAAGGUUCCAGGCAUGUCUGUACUUUGCUGCUGUCUUCCAGGCCAUAGCCUGUGGAAUCCACUACCUGGCCUCUGUGUUCCUUGUGGAGAGGCCAAGCUUUGUCUGCGCACCGCCCGGUAACGUAACUGACGUCCUGUACGGGAACUACACAGGUGCUUCCCUGGAGGAGGUGCUGCCGUUCUUUAAACCGGCGAACGGGCCCAUGGUGGUGCGGACUGCGGAGGGCAAACAGUGGGAGCUCAGCACCUGCCAGCGAACCCAGCGGAUUAACCCCACAGACUUUACCUACGAGCAGCUCGUCAACAGGACGACAGAGAAGUGCGACAGGAACUACCAUUACGUGUACGACCACAGCGAGGUGUAUCAGAGCAUCGUGACAGACUGGGACCUAGUGUGUGACAGGGAAUGGCUGGCCAAGCUGUGUCAGCCCACUUUUAUGAUUGGUGUGCUGGUCGGAGCGCUGGUGUUCGGGGACAUCGCUGAUAGGGUUGGCAGACAGAGGAUCCUGAUGAUCACCAGCCUGUGCCAGUUUGUGUUUGGUGUAAGCGUGGCAUUUACGGGGAACUACUACCUAUUUAUGUUCAUACGCUUCCUGCUCGCCAUGGUGUCUAGUGGCUACCUUGUGGUGGUGUUUGUGUACGUGACCGAGUUCACCGGCAGCAAGGUGCGCACAUGGACCUCCAUGCACGUGCACGCCGCCUUUGCCACGGGCGUCAUGAUGGUAGCGAUCAUGGGCUACCUGGUGCGGACCUGGCGGAGCUAUCAGAUCAUCCUCUCCACCUGCACCUCCCCCUUCCUCUUCUUCUGCUGGAAGUUCCCAGAGACGCCCUUCUACUUGAUGGCUAAGGGGAGGCUCCAGGAGACUCAGGUCUUGCUGGACUCCAUUGCCCGCUUCAACGGGCUGGAGCCUGGCCGCCUGAGGGCCGGGAACCUCCUGGAACCCGAGGAGGCUCUGCUGGAGAAGGAGGUGGCAGCGGGGGUAGCCCAGCCGGCAGAGCCCGAGAAGAAGCUGAGCAUCCUGGACCUGUUUGGGACAUGGAGGAUGGCGUGGAGGACAGUGACGGUGGGGGCCGUGUGGUUCAUCAGCAGCCUGGGCUACUACGUCUUCUCCCUGGGCUCUGUUAACCUGGGGGGCAACCAGUAUAUCAACCUCUUCCUGGCUGGUGCGGUGGAGUUCCCCUCCUACCUGAUUGGCUGUUAUGCGAUGGACCGGGUGGGCAGGAAGAGGACAUGUGCUCCGGCUCUGCUGCUGACUGGAAUGGCCUGCAUGCUCAUCAUUGUGGUGCCAAACGACAUCGAGGUGUUAGCCAUCUUCCUCAGUAUGACAGGGAAGUUUGCUAUUGCCAUCGCCUUUGGCCUCAUCUACUUGUACACAUGUGAGCUCUACCCAACCAUCAUCAGGUCCCUGGCGGUGGGCAGUGGCAGUAUGAUGUGUCGUGUGGGCAGUGUGGUAGCUCCUUUCUGUGUCUACCUGGCUGACAUUUGGCAAUUCCUACCACAGCUGAUUGUGGGGAUCCUGGCAUUUAUAAUAGGUGUUCUGACCCUGUGGUUACCAGAGACGCUGGGUGAGCCCCUGACCAGCACCAUGGAGGAAGCUGAGGCUCUAGGCAGGAAGAAGAACCCCGAGGUGGGCAAGAAAGACCCUGAGGAAGGGAUGGAGAUGAACUUGAACCAGAGCAACUAGCUGGAUGUCAAGCCUUGAGUGACACCUCUCCACCAACCAGAGAGAAGGAGUGGUCCACGAAUACAGAGAGAGGGAGGGGGGAGGGAGGGAGGGGGAGAGGGAGAGACUGACUCUGACUACUGUAAACGGUGCCAAGAAACCAACAAAAACCAACAACAUCUAAAUUAGAACAAGUAGGACUUUUUAUAAUAAAGUAUUUUUUGACAUUUUGUUCUGCAAAGUGACCCAUUUCAGAGCUGGUAUCCUCUGGUUGAGCCAGCCAACCUCUGAGUGCCUUGGCUGCAGCUGUUUACAUAGAGACAGAGGGAAGUGAAGUUUAUUCAUCACAUCUUAGUCUCCUGAUGAGAGCCACAUGAAAAUGAGCCUCAUGAUCGGCAUUGACGUAAUGUGUGCCUUCCAAUCACAUCAACCAAUGAAUUCACACAUAGCGAGACAAUCUUAAGUGCUGUGUGUGCUGUGUGUGCUGUGUGUGCUGUGUGUGCUGUGUGUGCUGUGUGUGCUGUGUGUGCUGUGUGUGCUGUGUGUGCUGUGU